GUGAAGGUUCAGACUAAACUGAUGUGAUCGAAGAUCACAACGCCGAAAGGGGGACUGACAUCAUUUUGCAAAAAUGCUCUGGUUUGAGGGCUCUAUCCCUGCUGCCAUCGUCUCAGCCAAACAGCAAAACUCCGUCUUCGUCGUCGUGAUAACUGGAGACGAUGAGCAGUCCACACAGAUGUUGUCCAGCUGGGAGGACGGUAGAGUGGCAGAGGCGACGGAUCACUGUUUUGUCGCAAUUAAGAUAGACGCCAAAAGUGAAACCUGUGUGCAGUUCUCACAAAUCUAUCCGGUAGUCUGCAUCCCAUCCAGUUUCUUCAUAGGAGAAAAUGGAAUUCCGCUGGAGGUGAUUGCUGGCAGCGUAUCAGCAGAGGAACUUGUGAAGCGGAUCAACAAGGUCAAACAGAUGCAUACACAGGAGGUGGAGGUGGAGGUCAGGGUUGGCGAUCAGCCCAGCGUGCACCCAGAAGCACCCCCAGAAGUACUCCCUGUGCCUGAUGUCACCCCAGAUCAAAAUGCGCGGCAGCCCUCCCCGGCUGAGAAUGACGAGUCUGGCCACACCUUGCCACCCAGCACAGCCAAUGAGAGCACUGCUCCACCAGCCACAUCCAAAGAAUCCCUGUCCAGGCCAGCAGAGGAGGGGGGCGCCUCGGGGUAUGUGACCCCGGCCGAGGACAGGAGCCUGUCGUCAGAUGACGUUUCCCUCAGCUCUCAGUCUGAAGAGGCCCUUGAUGCCAAAGUGGAGAGGCUAACGAAGAAACUGGAGGAGAGACGGGAGCGGAGGAAGAAAGGAGAGGAGGAGAAUGAGAUAAAGAAGGAGAUGGAGCGCAGGAGGCUGGGAAAGGAGAUGCUGGACUAUAAAAGGAAGCAGGAAGGGGAGAGGACCAAGCGCAUGCUGGAGGAGCGGAACAGGGAGAAGGCGGAGGAGAGGGCGGCCCGGGAGCGCGUGAAGCAGCAGAUUGCCCUGGACCGGGCGGACCGGGCGGCUCGCUAUGCCAAGAACAAGGAAGAGGUGGAGGCGGCCAAGGCAGCAGCACUGCAGGCCCGACAGGCAGAGCUGGAGGCCAAGAAGGAGGCCCUGCAGAGAGAGAGGAGCGCGAUAGCAAGAAUACAGUUCCGUCUCCCAGACGGCUCCUCCUUCACCAACCAGUUUCCAUCAGAGACCAGGCUGCAGGAGGCCAGGCAGUUUGCGGCUCAGGAAGUAGGAAACCGGUAUGGGCAUUUCUCUCUGGCCACCAUGUUCCCCAGGAGAGAGUUCACCGGGGAGGAUCUCGACAAGACCUUACUGGAGCUGGAGCUGGCUCCCAGCGCCUCUAUUGUGCUGCUGCCUCAGACGGGAAGGCCGGCCAACACAGUUGUGCAGUCCUCUGGAGGGGGCAUCUGGGCAGUGCUGGGGACCAUUUUCUACCCCCUGCUGGCUGUUUGGAGGUUCAUUAGCAGCUUCCUCUUCUGCAGCCCCCCGCCCCCUGGCCCCUCCCACAGGGCCCCACCCCAGCGACCCAGUCCUGCCGCCACCUCUUCCAGCGAGCCAAAUAGAGAAUCUAUUCGUAAACGAGUUCUGGAAAAACGACCGGAAGACUUCAAAAAAGACGGCAAAAUCUACAGGCUAAAGACUCAGGAAGACAGCGAGGACGACAACAAUACCUGGAACGGCAACUCUACCCAGCAGAUGUAGCUCACUGAUACUCGAUACUGUGCAAUAAUGUUUGUUUUUUCUUUUUUCUUACCAGGUUUGAGUACAUGUCAGUGGUGGAUUCUGCUUUUUUUGGGGCUGCAGUAAUGCUUUCCUGUACACGCCUGGUCCUGCUGUCCCCUUGCAUGGUUAACUAGAUAUAAUCAAGUGACUUCCCAGUUGGCUUGGACAGCAUUUGAUUUUUGUCAUCAUUUCAUAACUGAUUCUCCCUCUGUAGAAUAUGGCCAGAGCCUUAUUUUGGCACUGAAAUACCUGUAUAUCGGCUAUCAGGAGAUACAAGGUCUGAGUAUGCCAAGAGCUUGAUCAUAUUAAUUAACACCGUUUCAAGAAAUAAAGUGUGAUUUCCAAGGCAACAAUCUGUUUUAUUUAAUGAUGGAUUAAUGAAGAAAACUAGUCAGGCGAAAAUGUGAAACGAGUGGCAGUUGUGUGUUUUAUAUUAAGGUUGUUGUUCCCUAAUGCGUGUAUCGUCUGCCCAGGCAGCAGAAUGUACUACUACUA